GAUUCACAAAGCCAUCUCUCAGUCUUUCCUUUUGAAAUUGUAGCAAACAUCCUCCGAUAUUCAUCCACUAGAGACCUUCUUGUAAUUGGUCAGGCAAACUCAUGGUAUCGAACAAUAGCAUCUUUCACCUUGAGAGAAAGGAUUCGCAUGUCUGAAUCUGCAGACCGACAAUUAAUUCAUGUCAAUGCUUUUGCCAAUGACGAAAUUGCCAAUACAUCUACCAACUCGGAUAGUAGUUGUGAGAUGCACAUGAGAGGAGUCUUUUCAAGCAUAGAUUCUUUCAGUCUUCGUAUCUCUUACAGCACACAGAGCGUUAUUGACGGCUAUGCCGGGCCAAAAGACUCACCUGAGCCAGUUGUGAUGGAAGUACCCUGCAAUAAAACCACCAAUCUAGAGUUCUCGACAUCCUACGCUAUGAUGAAGCCGAAUUGGAAACAGAUUGAAAACUUUGUAGAUACUGAUACGGGUCAUGUGAGCUGUAGUACUCUUCUCGACCAAGUCCAUGGCUCUAACUCGCAAGACACUCGGAUCGUUCUUGAUGGUGGAAUGAUCAUUCACUGCCAAGUCAGAAAUCAGAGCCAAUCCACCGCCUUGACUGAAACUAAUCAAACUCCAAUCUCGAUCGAAUUUACAACAAUCGAAGUGCCUGUUGGCUGGUGGUUAAAUAACAAGGAAAGCUUUACCAAUGCCAACCAACAAAUGUGUGGAUCAGAAUUCAUAUUCUGGUAAAAACAAUAAUAAUAGCAAUAUUCUAUCGAUUGUUUUGUGAAAAGUAGUUCCCAAGACCAUAUAUAUAAAAAUACAUAAACUUUACAGUAUUUCUACAAUUCUUACUCCC